UUAACCUCUCUUUCUCUCUCUGUAAAAAAUAAAAACAUUUCCUUCGAAUUUCAGACCUAAAAAAAAGCGAGCACUCCUCCGUUUCUUUCGAAGUCCAAUCAGCGGGGGCUUUUAUCGAAUCGCUUCACCGAAUUCUUAGAGAUGAUAUCUUCGAAUGAAGAUUGUUUCUAUCUGAGCCGUAGAUGGAUUGCGCUGGCUUAAUUAAACACCGCUGGUUUUUUAUCUGAUUUUUCCCCUUCGAUUUCCGAUUAAGGUUAUUUUUAAAUGGAUAAGAGUAUUGUGGCUGUGGAAGAAAGUCAUUGCAGAAGCGAUUAUCCAGUUUCUGCAUCAAAGUCUUUAGGAUCACUUGUCCAGAUUAAUUCUAUAGCUAUAGAUCUCAGUUGUGCCAUGGAAGAGAUUGAGUCGCCCUUGCAUGAGCAUUUUUCAAUACGUGGCUUUGUUGCUGGAAUGCGGAAAAAAGAUUCGAAGACAUGUUUACCAUUUCCCUCCCAAGGAGUAAAUGAUGAUUUGAUCGAUGAUCUACCUCCGUUAUCUGUACCUAAGUUUAGAUGGUGGCAGUGUUCGACCUGUGUCCCAGACUUUGCUGCUGAGGGUACUGGACUUGAAAUGGUGCUUGCAGACAGAAGUGAUGCUGGCACAAGUACUUGUCAGCAUGUUGAUCCAGAGAAGGGAGUUUUGUUCUCACAUAGCAGACGGAAUAUAGGUGAUAGGCAUGUUUUAAAGGAGUCACAUGUUAUAAGGGUUUCUAUAGAUAGGGUAGACAAAGAUCCAAGUGACAAAAUGAAAAAUGCUGGUCCACAGUGCAAGCAUCAUAAAGCUACCACAAGCAGCAAAGAGAAAUCAGUCAAGAUUGAUGAAUGUGGGACUUCAUAUGCUCAUACAACAAAAUCUAAUCCAGUCCAGAUUGUAGAGAGAAAUGAUAACAAUGCAGAUGUGUCAGAUGUGAGAAUAGCUGAGAAUGCUUCGUUCGGAUUUGAUGAGCCAGAUGAUUUAUCGUUCCCAAGUGAUGCCGCAGGUUGUGCAGUACCACGUAGGAGAAAGCCAAAAUUGCGUUCUUUGGCUGAUAUAAUGGAGGAAGAAAAUAAUUCAAUUAGUGAGCAUAUUAAAACGAAGUCUGCUUUGUUCAGUGGGAUGCAGGUUAGAUCUACCGAGAAGGAAGAUGAUUCACGUCAUCGUUCUGAGUUGGAGACGUCUGCUGAUGUGGCAGCAGUAUCUAGAAGUCCUCAUAGGAAAAGAAAGAUUGCUGCUGAAGAAGACAGAGGACCUCCUCAGGAAACUAAUCCACUUGAUACAGCUAAAAGAUUUAAGGGUCCACUUCCAGAUUCAGAUAAAAGACGUAGAACGCUUGAAAUAUCCGAUUCAGAAUCGGGAGGAGAUGGCUCCGCAGAGUCGGAUUUGCAACUUAGUGCAAAGACUCAACAGAACAAGCCCAAAAGAAAUAAAUUUCUUGGAAUCAAAAGAAAGAGGAAGCAUAUUUAUGGUGACAAUGGAAUGCCGAUAAGUGACUUGCUGCCAAAGACAAAUGAGAUGUUUCUGGAAAACAUGCACAGACAUUCUGCUCCAGUCAAGACUAAUUGUGGUAAUAUGGAGAAUGUCUCUCACGUAAUGAGAGGAGAAUUCACACCGCAUUUAAAUAAUUUAAUAUCUAGAAAACAAGUGGAUAGAACCUCUGAUAAGUCCACAAGUAAGAGGCCUGAAGUCGAAGUUGAUCAUAGAACUUUCGUGCCUCCAAGAAAGAGCUUUGUGGGAGGCUGCAGCACUCAAGGGAAAGUGGCCUUGGAGCUUUCACUGAACAGCUAUACAAAUGCUGAGAGAAACUCGAACAGCCAAAUAUCUGACAGGCAGCAUAGGGCCAUUCCGGAUCUGAAUGAGUCAUUCACGGAAAAAUCGUCUUCAUCUCAAUGGAAGCAGUUGUUAACUUCUGAGAAUAGGUGCUCAACUGUGCACAAAAAUUUGGAUAUGGCCACCUCCUCUAGUAAACAUAUGGCUGAAGAAAGAAAAAGACAAUUUGGAGUGUCUACGCCACAAGCUGUCCGAAAGAUACAUAGCAAUGUAGAAUCUGGCGGAAUUGUAGAUGAUAUACCGAUGGAUAUAGUUGAGCUUUUGGCAAGGAAUCAACGUGAAAGGACGCUUGAAAUGUCGAGGAACCAUCUACUUGCUUCUACCAGCAACAGUUCUGUUAGAGGGUCUCCCUCCGUCUACGCUGAUGGAUGUCCUGGCGUCAUCAGUUUCCCUCCAACCAAUGCAAGAAGUGGGAUUAGUGCUAAAAGUGGCGAGACGGGACCCGGCCAAGGUAUCUUGUGUUUCCCACAGGCGAAAAAUUGUCAGUUGGACAUAGGCAGUAUGGAGGAGAACCAGUUCAGGCUUUUCAAUUCAUUCAAAUCUUGUCAACCAAAGAAAUCACAGUAUUUGGCCUCAAAUUCUCUCUAUUCUGGGCCUAGACCUAGUGAAGGGGCUGAUCUAUUAUGGGCUCCAAGGAGGAAGAACGCACCUUUUCAUCUUGAUGUUCGACCAAACCGCUCUGUUCAGCAUAGUGGUAUGGAUAUGCAGUCAAUUCCCGGCCAAAGCUACAAGGGGAUGAAUGUUAGUGAUAUGAAGGGCGAGGCAAGAAGAGCUGCACGUGAUGCCUCUGCAAAGAAAGAUGGUGGAGUCGGAUCAAGCACCAAGUCUGCCGGAUCUAUGGAUGCUUAUACAAAUGAUACAAUACCAGCUAUGCAGUUACUGUCCUUGAUGGAUCGUGGAAUUGUAUCAGGCUCUACAUUCAAAGCAGGUUCAAAUAGCUUUCAUGAUAAACCUUUCUCUCCGUGCAACCACCAUCCACGGCUUAAUGUAAGCGAAAAGCAGAACGACACAUUCCUCAAUGGAUCGUUCUUCUCACAAGGUAUCCACAGUAAUAAGGACUUCCCUAUGUUACUAAACGGUGUCUGUUUCCCUAGUGAAUCCUCUAAGAAAAAACACUAUGCACAAGGCCGCAUGCCUCCACCACGAGGAAACAGUAAAGCCUUCAACGCAGACAGCUCAGAUAAUCUCAUAACUCGACCAUCAAGGGACAACAUGGAAAUGGAGAUUUGCACUCUAAACCGGAAUCCUGCUGAUUUCAGCAUCCCUGAUGCAAAGAAUGAGUAUACUAGAACUGCUAGAGGUAUGAAAUCGAGAAAAAGGAAUUCUUUGAAGGAAAGAUCCCAGGGCCUGAAUUUGGAGGGUCUGAAGAGAGGAAGGGCAAGAAAAGAUGCCACUGUGAGAGAGUAUUCAAGAAAAUAGCUGAGAUAACCUUAUGGCAUUGUUAUGCUUCGCGAGUUGUUGCUGUAAGACUGAGUUUAUGCUUUUCUUUCAAUGGGAUGGAUCUCUUUAGUUUUGUCUUUUUCAGAACAUGUUACACGCAUUCAGGCCAUAUCCAAAUUUGCAUAUGCUUAUGCAUUCAUCAUUUGGGAAUAACAUCAAAGUUACUCGACCUUGGUCCACUUUUCUUUCUUUUAGAUCAGCAUUGAAGCAUAUAUAUGAUACUCCAUAUAGAUAGUCAGAUUUCUCUGCAAGAUCUCAGGGAAUGAUGCUGUGUAAUGUUUGUUGGAGGUUUCAUUCUAGAUUCUUCAACUUAUGUAGUUCAGAAGUGUCUGUUUCUGGACAAACUCACAGAACUAAAUGAAACUAUUUGUGUGAUAUUUCCCUUUUUA